AUGGACACCAAGCGCUGCUUCGCCAACCGCUUCGAUGACUAUCAGGGCAGUCUGCUGGCGGGCCAGUGCGAGGAGGCGGUGGCGCCCUUGGUCACCGCCACCAUCGAGCGCAUCCUCCAGGAGCUGCCUCCGCUCGGGGGCGGCGCUGAGGCCCGGGGGGCGGCGGCCGCGGCCAGCAGCUGCCAGGGAGGGCUGUACGGCGGCGUGGCCGGGGUGGCCUACAUGCUCUACCACGUCUCGCAGAGCCCGCUCUUCGCCGGGGCCCGGGAGCGCUACCUGCGCUCGGCCAAGCGCCUCAUAGACGCGUGCGCCCGCGCGGAAGAGUGGGGCGAGCCGGACGCCGACACCCGCGCAGCCUUCCUGCUCGGGGGAGCGGGCGUGUACGCCGUGGCCACGCUCGUGUACCACGCCCUGGGCCGGUCCGACUACGUGCAGCCUUUGGGCAAGUUCCGGGCUCUGUGCGCCGUCUGCGCGCCGGUCUCUUUCCUGGAGUGCGGCUCCGACGAGCUGUUCGUGGGCCGCGCGGGCUACCUGUGCGCAGCGCUGGUGCUCAAGCAGAAACUCGCCCAGGAGGUGCUGACCCCAGCACAGAUCAAAUCCAUUUGCCAGGCGAUUCUGGACUCUGGGAAGCAGUACGCCAUGAAAAAAAGGAAACCAUUCCCCCUGAUGUAUUCUUACUAUGGAACUGAAUACUUGGGAGCAGCUCAUGGCCUGUCGUCCAUUCUGCAGAUGCUUCUUUCUUACCAUGAGCACCUCAAGCCCUCGGAUCAGGAGCUGGUAUGGCAGAGUGUGGACUUCCUCAUGGAGCAGGAGCAGAACUGCAACUGGCCACCUGAGCUCGGCGAGGCCAUCGAGAGGGAGAACGAGCUGGUGCACUGGUGCCAUGGCGCCCCAGGAAUUGCCUACCUGUUUGCCAAAGCUUACCUCGUUUCCAAAAAACCACAGUACCUGGACACGUGUAUCCGGUGUGGGGAACUUACAUGGCAGAAGGGCCUGCUAAAGAAGGGGCCGGGUAUUUGCCACGGUGUGGCUGGCAGUGCCUACGUCUUCCUGCUGCUAUACCGGCUGACAGGAAACUCUAAGUACAUCUACCGAGCCCAAAGGUUUGCUGAGUUUUUAUUUACUGAGGAAUUCAAGGCUGGUUCUCGGGUCCUUGAAAGUAUAUACAGCUUGUACGAAGGCUUCUCCGGGACGGUGUGCUUUCUGAUCGAUCUGCUGCAGCCCAAUCAGGCGGAGUUCCCUCUGUUCAGCGUCUUUGUCUAGAAGGCUCCAUCUUCCACUAUGGCCCUGCAGAAGGUCCCUGAGAUUUCUUGAGCCUACCGGAGGCAGUUUCCACAUAAGCCACAUUCAAUGGUAUCACAACCAUGAGCCUUAACAUUGCCGCCCCGGAAGGAAGGAAGGGAGGGAGGGACGGAGAAGGCAGGUGAAGGCAACAUGGUGCCAGACUUAAGGGAGUACAGUUUGAGAACCUGCAAAAUCAAGACACGACAACUCCUCUAAAAGGUGUAGAGAUUUAACAUUUCAGGGAGUAGAUGUGAAAGCUGAGAUCAGAGGAAAAAGGGGAAGAGAAAUCGUCUGUUUUUCAGUUAUGGCAUACAAACCAAAACUGAAAUGUGGACUAGGGUAAUAAAAUGCCGAUACGUUUACAAUUGGAAAGAGAAUUUGACCAUUUGUGGGUUCCCUCCCCCCUAAAUUCAGAAAUAAACACAGUCAAAAGCUAAAGUAAUUGCCCAGCUGAAACUUGCUAGGAGGGAUGAGAUGUCAGGCUGCUGAAGAGCAAAAAAGGAAACUCUUGGUUGUCCAAUGCCUUUACUUGUUGAAAUUCAUGAUUUUUACUGAAUGGAGAAGUUUGCGUGUGAAUCUCUAUUUUUAAUCACUACCCUGGUCACUUUAAAGGAAACAUAUCAUAACUCUUUUUUAAGAUUUUAUUUUUAAGUAAUCUCUACAUCCAUCUUGAGGCUCAAACUCACAACCCCAAGAUCAAGAAUCACACAUUCUUCCGACUGAGCCGGCUGGCCACUCCAAAAUACAUCAUAACUUAGUUUAAAUCCUGAAAUUUGAAGUUUCUUUAGGCCUUGCAUCUCUUUUCCUGGUUCUUUUUUCUUUCCUAAGGCUCAAUUAGAAUAGUAAAACUCAUAGGCUA